AGCAAUAAAGUGUUGACGUUGCUCACACGAUUGCGUCUGAUUCAGCUGAAGCUCCCCGAUUGCCUCUUUGCAAGUUUGCGAGCCCAAAACUGAGCGAGGGAGAAACGGUUGCAGCAGACGGCGGCGGACCCCCUUCCCCCCUCUUCUUCCCUCCGCCCCUAACCUCCCCUUCGUCCGGCGGCAGUCAGUCCGGCGGCGUGGUCCUCUCCUCGCCCACAGAUCAGUUCGCUCGAGGCAGCCCAGGUCGACACACGUCACUCGUCCGGGCCCUCCUAACCUCACCCACUCUGCCCAGUGAACGCGCGCCGCCCCGACCUGCCCCAGGAGGAGCCGCAGCAGCUGUGUUCGCGACACGAGUGUCUUUGUCCAGUGUCUCUGGCCGCCAUGGACUACCCUAGGACGGCGUGGGCGUGGCUCCGCUCGAAGCUCCUACUGCAUGUCGCCGUCUGGAUGUAUAGCUGCCUGACUCUGAAGCUUGGUUUCGAAGACAUCGUGCUUUUAAGCUCAGCCGACUGGAGAUCCGAGUCUCCGCCUGUGGUCGAAGGUUUUGACGAUAUCAAACGAACCAUGCGUCGAAUAAUCGCCUUCUACACUGUUAUCAAGUGCUUGCUUGUCGCAGUGCUGCUCGUGAGAAUGAGCCAGGUGCAGCGACCGGCCCUCGACCUCACUACGUGGUGCGUAUUUUCCGUGGUGCUUUGCAUCGAGAUCAUAUUCUCCCUUCUCCCCGAGCUGCCACUACUACCACUCGACAGCCCCCGUCUGUUCCAGUCGAUUUUUCUCGACACACCGCCACUGGCUCCACCCUCUCUCUGGAUAUGCACGUUCCACACGAUCACCGUAGUAUCGCUGACCAAAGACGAUGAACCUGCCUCCUUUGCCCGUACUUGUUUUGUUUUCAUUAUCCUGUCUUAUGUUUCGUAUGUUUUCACUUUUUAUGUCACAUCUAUGUUUUCUAAUUAUUUUUUCAAAGAGAUAUAAAGAGUGGAUGUUUGCUCACAUCUUUAGAUGGGGAACCUGCAGUGUUUGCUUAGUUUUCAGUAUCCUUUCUUGUAUGUUGUGAAUUGUGAAUUGUUUUGUGAUUAUAUUCAAAGAGCGAUAAAGAGUUGAUGUUUGCUCACAGCUAUAGAGAGGUCAAUCUACCUCCUUUCCGUAAUUUGUUUAGUUUUCAUUAGCCUUGAUUAUAUUUCUUUCAAUUGUUUUGUAAUUAUUUCCAAAGAGAGAUGAAGAGUUGGUGUUUGCUCACAGCUAAAGAGGCUCAACCUGCCCCUUCAGUAAUUUGUUAAGUUCUCAUUAUCCUUUCUUGUAUGUUUCCAAUAAUUAUUUUGUAAUCAUUUUCAAAGCGCAAUAAAGAGUUGUUGGCGCUGCUUCGCAA